AUGUUUGUGCACGCGUGCCCGGCACGCAACGCCGCGCGCGGACGCAGCGGUUACGACACACGCACACUCGCGCACGCGCUCUACGGGGACGCACACACCUGUGCGCCAGAUUUCCCUAGGGACGGCAAGAUAGAGCGUGCGGGGUGUCCGGGGAUCUGUGGCCCGCAGGCCGCGACCACAUCAACCCUGUCUUUCUCAAGCUUCCGCAACUCCUUCACCACCAAUGUCAAUUACCUGAAAAGAAGCUCAGCGGAGGCGUUGCGCAGAUUCAGCUCGGGGGACCUGCAGAGCGAGUGCGAUGAGGGUGAGGUGGACCCCUACACCGGCCGCCCGGCCACCACCAGCCAGCCGAAGCCGCAGAACCAGAGGCCGACUUCACAGGCGACCGGCGGCAGCAUCAGCAGCACGGGCAGCGGCAGCGGCAGCGCCGGCCCGUCGGGGCCGCCGCCGGCGCCCAGCUCUGGCGGGGACCUGUCGCUCAACCUGCGCGGGGGCUCCCGAGGCACCUCCGCGCCAUCAUCGCCCGCGAAGUCUCGGGAGUCGCUUCUGCAACGCGUACAGUCGCUCACAGGCGCUGCGAGAGAUCAGGGUGCUAACUUGUUAGGCAGCGUAACAUCGGUGACGUCAGUGGGCCGUGGGUACAACCGCGACCGCUGUGUGACGCUUUUGGUCGUCGACGACCAGAACACAGACUGGUCGAAGUACUUCCGCGGCAAGCGGCUGCCCGGGGAGUGGGACAUCCGCGUCGAGCAGGCUGAGUUCAGGGAGCUGUCGGUGACAGCUAAUUCCGACGGGGCCAACGUGUCGAUGGCUGUGUAUCGCGGCGGCACCAAAGUUACGCGAUGCUUCAAACCGGAGUUUGUGUUGGUGAGGCAAAACGUGAGAGACGCAGGCGCCGACAACCGCGCUUUGCUGCUAGGACUCAAGUUCGGAGGAGUGCCCGCCAUCAACAGCCUUAACUCCAUCUACCACUUCCAGGACCGUCCAUGGGUAUUCGGGCACCUGCUGCAGCUUCAGCGGCGCCUGGGCCGCGAGAACUUUCCCCUCAUCGAGCAGACCUACUACCACAACCACACCGACAUGGUGACGGCCCCAAAGUUCCCGGUGGUGAUUAAGAUAGGGCACGCGCACUCCGGCGUGGCCAAGGUGAAAGUGGACUCGGUGGCCGACUUCCAGGAUAUUGCUGGAGUGGUGGCUAUGCUCGGCACCUACUGCACCGUGGAGCCCUACAUCGACGCCAAAUACGACAUACAUAUACAGAAAAUUGGCAACAACUAUAAGGCAUUCAUGCGCAAGUCUAUAUCAGGCAACUGGAAGACAAACCAGGGCUCGGCCAUGCUGGAGGCUAUCGGCAUGAACGAUCGGUACAAGAUGUGGAUCGAUGAGGUGAGCGAGAUCUUCGGCGGACUGGAAGUGUGUGCCCUCGAGCUGGUGGUGGGCAAGGACGGGCGCGAGCACAUCAUCGAGCUCAACGACUCAGCCACUUCCUUCAUGGGCGACUCUCAGGAGGAGGAUCGCCGCCAUCUUGCCGACCUCGUCUUCCAAAGGAUGCAGUCCGUGUGCCGGCCGGGCAUCACGAAGACGGCGUCCCGCAGCUCGGUAUCAGGCAGCUCGGCGCCGUCGCCCGAGGAGCGGGCGGCGCCGCUGCCGGGCGCGGGCCCGCCGAGCGCGCCGCCGCCCGCGCCGCUCACCGCCGCCGCGAGCAUCGACCGCCCGCUGCCGCCCAUCCCGGCCGAGCCCAGCCAGCCGCCGCCACCGCCGCUCACGAGGCGCGACUCGCAAGCAUCCCAAUCAUCGACGGUGUCUUCGGCCUCGGGCGCAGCGAGCGCAGCCCCGGGCGCGGCGCCCGCGGGCUCGGCGGGGGGCCGCGGCGGCUUCGCGCGCCAGGGCUCGCUCAGCGCCGCGCUCACCGAGGACGCCGAGGACACCAUGAAGAACUUGAGGAAGACCUUCGCCGGCAUAUUCGGCGAUAUGUAAAACUAGUCGGCAUUCGGGCAUGCGUCUAACUGAGCUAUCGUUAACGGUUGAACUGGCCCCGUAAACAUGCCAAUCGCUAACGCUCCGUAGAGGACGAAACUCAACUGUCACUGUCACACUAAUUUGGAAGAGACACAAAGCGACUCGAUGGCGAAGCGAUAGCGAUUGUCACCUUGGCUAGGCCGCCUGAGAAGAGUAUGCGUGCGGGGCGGGUGGCGUGGCUUCGCGCUUUUAAGUAUUUUAAAACAGCAUUUACUGAGAUUGCUCGCAUACAUUUGCAUUAUUUUAACUCGGACGCCGCGCUGCACGCUCCGCUGCAUGCCCCGCUUGAGCGUUCACUUGGUUUUGACGCUAACAAAGUGAUACAGGGAAACCAGUGAGAGCUGAAGUGCUCUGCCUUUAACGGUAGCUCGAUAAAGGAUAUUAGCGACCACGUUAACUGGUCAAUUAUUGCCCGAUUUUGGUAAUGUUGUUAUUUGCAUAAUUUUCGUACCUUUAUUACAAACUUUACAUAUACAUUGUUACAAAGUAUGAUAUAGAAAACCGGUUCCGGUAUUUUUUAUUAUGAAUACUCAUAUCGUUUGCAUCGGAAGGGGUGACGUUAGCCGUACCGGUUGGGAAGCUCCUUUACGAUAGAGGGAACGACCGUCAAACCGAAGCUAUAGCAUAGUGUUAACGUAUUAAAAUAACUAUAGAUUUUGUACAAUAAGUUUAUUAUAAAAUAAUGAAGUACGAAUCAACUGAGCUGCAUUGUGAUCGAACCCGUUCGGUACGCGCCGCGCACUCGCGCGCGUCGCUACAGUAGUGUCUUUCUCCGGCCUUCCUUCUACCGCCCGCUAGUGGGUUAUUCCCAGUACCAUACACAAAAUACUUCAGUCGACAUACACGGUUGAAGAUCAUAUCGUGCUGCUGAAGUAUUUAAUGACGCUAUCGUGAUGUCACUUGACUAUUAUGUACAGUAAUCUCUAAUGCAGCUGUCAAAACCGCUACUGUGUACAUUCUUUAACUCGGCGGUCGGCAACAAGCGGCCCGCGGGCCGCAUGCGGCAGCAAGCUUUCACUUGCAGCCCGCGAGCCUUCCCCGGCUAUUUUGUAUGUAAUAUUGACAAACGACAAUAUCUGAUAAAUUCAUAAAUAUUAACAAAGUGCGGCCCGCGUCAACUUCGGUAACUAUUAUUUGGCCCUUGGCUGCUAAAAGGUUGCCGACCGCUAAGUAUUGUUCCUAAUUGUUACUCAACAUACUUCAGUACAAACACCGGGGAACUCUAUAUUAUAGGGUUAAUAGUAUUGAGAAUAACCUACUCGCGACGACGGGCGCACACGCACCUUCGUAGCAGAACGACGCAAACGACGCAAUUUGCAAAUAUAUAAUAUCAUUGAGGACAAAUAAAAUGUGUGGCAAUAAGUAGAAUUGAAGCGUUUUAAGGAUUUGAUGUGUAAUUAAUUUCAUGACUUCCCUUUAGCGUAAACUGGUGUAAUUACAUAGGUAUCUGUCGCUUCUGAAGUAAUCGUGUGGAUAAUGAAAUGGAGGAAUAAAGGCCAAACCAGACUGCGUAUGCAGCACGGUUCUAUCUCAAUGCCUAGACACGUGUGUGCCGUAUGCACGGAUGUAACGUAUAUAUGGAAUUACAUGUCAGAUGCCACACUACUUGCUACUUACUUGCCGCGUGAUGUAAAAAUUGCGUUAUUAAAAUGACGAAUUACUUUAAAUAAUUAUCAGUUGUAGGAAUGCAGAGUGAUCGGCAUGACAUUCAAUUGCUGUGCUGCAUAUGCACAGUACAUGUGGUCAGUGGCGUAGCUAGGGGGGGCGGCGGGGGCGGUCCGCCCCGGGUGUCACCCAUUUGGGGGGACACCGGACCGUGAACAUCAGUAGUGCCACUUAUAAAAAUUCGUAAAAUGAAAGCGAUGGGGUAAAUCCUGAGCUAUUUAACAAAAAUUACAAUUAAGCUUUUUAAAUAUAUUUUACAAUUUUGAUUGAAUUUUGGGGUGACAUCCACAAUUUCCGCACCGGGUGCCACCCAUGCUAGCUACGCCACUGCAUGUGGUAUGUACUGGCCUUAUAUAAUCGAUUGCUAUUGCAAAUGUAUUUGGUUUGUGCGAUAAUCGACAUCAAUCGUGUUUAUUCCCUUGUGCGGUCCUAUUAGAUCUAAAUUGUUGGGAUGUGAGCAAUGCUAUUGAAGACAAUAUUGUUAAAUGCAAGAAUUAAUCCACAUUUUAUAUAACUUAAUACUAGUUGUAUCUCAUAGUUUUGAGAAUAUCUUGUUGAUGCGUAUAUGUGAUUAUUAUUUUCAUGCUUUAAAUUAUGUUGUUGUAAUUGAUUUUAUUACGUAACGUGGUAACUCCGAAAUCUUACCGACCAGCCACACCGAAACGCAGCUUUUAUUUCUAAAUUAAUUUCUUACAAAUCAAAGCGUCAUUGUUUUAAAAACUCUUUUUUAUUUAAUGUAUUAUAGUUUUGAGAGUCGAGGGUUGUAUUUGAAUUAAGUCUGAUGAUGUCAUAUCAUGAAUGAGGGUCAGAUCGAGGAGGAGCCAGAACGAUUGGAUUUAAAAUCCUUUGCACUCUUGCCUGCUUUCGAGUUUCAUAAAUCUCUAAAUAUUUAUAGCAACCAUAUAUAUGCCUAUAUAUUCUUUAGCUAUAUUCAAAAGUAGAGUUUUAAAAUUGUAGUUUUACGCGAUGGUGUUUGCCGAUCAUGUGAAUUAUUAUGACCUUUGACCAGCCUCCAAGUUAAGCCCAGCACAUUUAGUCGACCAUAUGUUACUGUAGAUUUUACAACGAAAAAUAGCUAGUAUACAUUACAUGUAAGUUAUAUCUAUGGGUUUCAAAUAGAUAUGGUUCAUAUGGUGGCUUCUGUUAAUUUAGUGCUCAAAGUUAUCACUUAUCAUACAGACCUGUAAAUGAAUCUUUUAAGUAGCAAAUAUUCUUUGUUGUUGGGGCCUUUAUACUGCGUCAUACCGAGUAGACAUACCUACAUUAUGAGUAGGUAUUUUAGUGUAAUUUUUAUAUGCACUCGUAGCUAGUUUAGACACGAACAUUGUUUAGCCGUAUCCACCAUGUAACUAUGUGUAAGUACCUAUAAAAUGCGCAAUUAGAUACCUUAUAAUGAACAAUUUUAUUACAUAAAAUAUUAUACAGUAAAAUAUUAAUCAAUGAGUUAAUUAUUUUAAUAGAACAGUUACCAGAUAAUGUAUUUAUUGUAUAUUAUACUGCAGCGACUUACAUUAGUUUAAUUUUUUAAAUGUUUAAUGUUAUUAGUUUAUUAGAUAUCGAUAUAUAAAUAAACACUAAUAUAAAUGCUGUUGUUGUUGUUGCUAACAAGUUAUACGACGUGUACUCACUCAUACGGCUGGACGCACGCGGGCGGCGGCCACGGCAAAUUACUUCGCCUCGUUUAAACUUAAAUACAACUGCACUUCAUUAAACAAACUGUUGAAGUACCUCAAUGAUUUAACAAAGGUACCAUCUACCAUCGUCAUACUAUUGACUGUUCAUUCUUAUACCUUAUUAUAAAGAUGUAAGGUCCACCAAUGACCAGUUAAGAGUGAUACUGUUAGGACAUUAUUCGUUUUCAUCCGGCUAUUCACAUAUUAUCAUGCAACAUCAUGUGAAUGGGUACUCAAUUAUAAUUAACUGAGCUUUUAUAGUAAUUUGUCGUUGCCACCUUCUGCUUAGGGAGGGAAAGGGACAUGGAAUGUCACUAUAAUAAAUACUGUCCGCCUUAACGGGAAUGCCGAGAAAUAUCUUCUAAACCAGCCCGAAGGCUUAGAUGGCAACCAUGUCUCACAAAAGUAUUAAUAUCUAUAACGGAAUUUGAAUACAUGUUAAUCUAUAUAAUAUAAUAAAUACCUCUUUGGUAAGUCAGUAACGAA